AUCUGGCAAAGCCUCACCCGUGAGAGAGGCACAAAAUGGCCGUUGAGGAGGAGAAAGAGAAACCCGCGCUCCAUGUGAUUACUAAGCCAAUCAAAGCAGAAAAGUGGAAAGAAAGGAGAGAAAAGCGCAAGCUGAAGAAGCAGGAGGCAAAAGAGGCUGCAAGGGCACAAAGAAGAGAAAAAGGAUUGCCCAGCAGCGAGUCAGAAGAUGAUGGCGAGGCUAUCAUGGACGAUGGGAAGGACUACCAGCCUCCUGAGCCCGUGAAAGAAGAGCCGGCGAAGAAAGGAAAGAAACGGAAAAAGAAGGGAAAGAACGAUGAGGAUGAAGCCCCAGCAGAAGCUGACCAAAAGGCUGAAGAACAAGAACCACCUAAGAAAAAAAGCAAAAAGAAAAAGAAGGCCUCGAAGGCCCAAAAUGAAGAACCUGCUCAGUCUGAAGAGAGUGACAAUGCAGAAGACGAGGUUGAGGCUGAAAAGCCAAAGGAGGAAGGUCCAUCUGGACAAGAGUUGCAUGACAUGCAGAAAUCAAUUCAUCAUGCUGGUUUCUUUAGUGAGAGCCGCUUUGACGCGCUGGAAAUCUGCGAUCCUUUGAAGAAGGCAUUGAAAGAAGCCAAGUUCGAGAUCAUGACAGAAAUCCAGGCGAAGUCGAUUCCACACCUUCUCAACGGCAAGGAUGUUCUGGCGGCCGCAAAGACCGGCAGUGGGAAGACCUUGGCAUUUCUGGUUCCGGCAUGCGACUUGUUAUACAACGUGAAGUUCCUGCCCAGAAAUGGUGCUGGUGUGAUCGCCAUCUCGCCCACCAGGGAGCUGGCACAGCAGAUUUAUGAUGUCCUUCGAAACAUCUCCAAAUACAUGUCCCAGUCCAUCGCAGUGGUGGUGGGUGGCAUGAACCGUAAGCCGGAGGCCGAGAAGCUGUCCAAGGGGAUCAACAUUUUGGUGGCAACACCUGGACGGCUUUUGGAUCACAUGCAGAAUACCAAGGGAUUUAUCUAUCACAACUUGGUGAAUUUGACCAUCGACGAGGCAGAUCGUAUUUUGGAAGUGGGCUUUGAAGAGGAGAUGAACAUGAUCAUCAAGCUCCUGCCCAAAAAGCGACAAACCUCACUGUUCUCAGCCACCCAAACUCGAAAGGUGGCCGACUUGGCCCGCUUGUCACUGAACAAACCCGUUUUUGUGGAGGUGAAGACAAAGGACAACGUCUCGACAGUGGCUGGCUUGACGCAGGGAUAUGUGGUUUGCCCGGCGGAAAGCAGGUUUUUGCUCUUGUUCACUUUCUUGAAGAGGAACAAGGACAAGAAAGUCAUGGUGUUCAUGUCUGCUUGCAAUGCAGUCAAGUUCCAUGAUGAGCUGCUGAACUACAUUGAUGUUCCGGUGAACUGCAUUCAUGGCCACAAAAAGCAGCAGGCCAGAACUUCCACGUAUUAUCAGUUCUGCAGCGCAGACAAGGGGAUUCUCCUUUGCACUGAUGUGGCGGCUCGUGGCCUCGACAUUCCCAAAGUGGAUUGGAUUGUGCAGUACGAUCCGCCGGAUGAACCCAAGGAGUACAUCCAUCGAGUAGGCCGUACAGCCAGAGGUGCCAGCGGAAAAGGAAAAGCAUUGCUUUUCUUGAUGCCUGAGGAGCUCGGGUUCCUGCACUACUUGCGGCGGGCUGGCGUUCCUGUGUCAGAGUACAGCUUUCCACCCAACAAGAUCGCUAACAUCCAGUCGCAGUUGGAGAGAGUGAUCGAGAAGAACUACCACUUGCACCGGAGUUCUAGGGAUGCUUAUCGAUCCUACAUGCAUGCCUACGCAGCCCACAGCCAUAAAGAUUGCUUCGACGUUCAUAAGCUGGACUUGUCCAAGGUGGCCAAAGCCUUUGGAUUUGCACAUCCUCCCAAGGUGGAGCUGAACCUGAAACACACCGCCAGAAAGAAAGCCACAGGGACCAAGGGGACCUUAAAGAAGCAGCUUUCUGGACAGUCUUCGGGUCACCAAUUUUCCGCAGACAAUCCAUAUGGCCAGCGCGAUGCAAAUGACAAGCGACAGUUCAGUCGCUGAGUCAGCAGCUAGUGCACCCUUUUUGAGCUUGACCGCCUGGGUGGUUGCCUACACAGAGAUCAAGUUAAUGCACAGCCGGCAGGCGGUGAAGCUUGAAAGGGG